GCUUUUUGACCAAAUUAUACUGCCCAGCAUCCCGCAUGCGCCCGUAGUUCGUUUGCCGAACACGACCCGAACCGAGAGCCGAACGCGGGUCCGUUGCGUACGCAUUGUUUGUUAUACUUUGGUAUAUACACUGGUGUCGGGGACCGAAGACAAGUCAGUCCCAGAGAUAGUCGAGCGCAAUGCACGAGUAGCCCGGCGUGUCGUGCCGCACUUUGUGGAAGCCUUUUUUGAUCGCGUUACUCCGCGUACUGCAGCGCAUUCACUUCCCGGCUCAGUCGACCACGAUACACGGCAACAACAGACAACAAGACAUUGCAAAACAUAGACCGUGCUGCUGGUCGUCCAGCGGUUGCAUCGUGUGCAGGCGAGUGUAUACGUCCCGUGAUCCGUGGCUUGGGAGCGUGCUAGUAGUGCAAAAUGCCGGAACCGAUUGCAGAGUUACUGGUGUUCAACAACCUAGUGUCGAUUAGAAAGCGUACGGCUUAGGGCAGAUAUUACGGUGCAAAAAAACACAACAGAAAAGUGUAGCAUUCGCAAAUAAACAGCCAGCUUGCGUGAAAUUGUUUUGUUGUUGUUGUGGACGACUUUGUGUUUUGGUUUGAAAGUCUCCGCCAUGCUUUCGGAAGUUACACUCGUUCUAGUGGCCGUGUCCUUCGCUGCUAGCGAAGGGUUACGCUGUGAGCGCAUCAUGGUUGGCGCCUGCCAGAAUCUAGUGUACGAUAUGACAAUUGCAUCUGCGCCGGAAACAGCUCUACAGUACCUGUCGCACGGUACGGCAUCGGCAAAUGCAGGUGCCAACUCUACGACAACUGGCGCCGUCCGGACGUGGCUCGACGCGGAACGAUUGAUCACUUCGUUGCGACCAGUUAUAGAUUCCGGCUGCUCAAAACAAGCUCUUUUCCUUUUUUGCUCGUCACUUUUCCCGCUCUGUUCACCAACUGCACCACGCCCAGUACACCCGUGUCGAUCGUUGUGUGAGCAAGUGCGUAAGGACUGCUUUAGCGAACCACAACACAGCAAAUUUUGGCCGGCCUAUCUGGACUGUAAAGCAUUACCCCAACCCGAAAAGCACGAGCUAUGCAUGCAGGUACCAUCCGAUGCAACUGGGAGCAUCAAACACCGUACCGGUCAUAACCUUCCGUCGUAUCAUCCAUCGGUGCCUGCAAGUGGUGGUGCCGGUUCCCCAACACCAUUCAUUACGCACGACAGUGUCGAAUCCGUCGUGAAGGGAUGGUCCAUUUCAAACCUUACCUCGCUGUUGCAACACGCUGGUGUUACGACCGGUGUUGCUGGUGUUGGUGUCGCAAAUUCAUCUGUAGGAUCUGUCUCGGUUGGAGCUAGUCCCGGACAGAGAAUCGUCGACAGUACGAGUUGGUCGGACCGGUUCAAUUCUCUGCUGUUGCCGAGUGUGGCUCUACCCGGUAUCACUUCUUCGAAUAUCGUCGGAACAUCGCGUAAUCCCUGCCCGGCCAACUACAGCCUCGAGUACGAUCGGUGCGUGCCAAGAUGCGGUCCUACCAUCGAUGCGCUGUACAGCCAGCGCCAGAAAGAACUGGUUGAGCUGUGGACACUUGUCCUGUCGGCGGUUUGUUUCAUCUUCACCCUCACAUCGCUCGUUUCGUUUUGGGCAAAAGCAUCCAAGCUGGAGUACCCGGACCGUCCGGUGCUGUUCAUGACACUAUGUUACAAUCUGUUGGGAUUGUGCUAUCUGGAACGAACUAUAUUGCAUAGCCCGCGUCGCUUGGAAGCUGCCGUUGAGAUGAUGCUUCUGGAAACUCCCGGGACCGGUGAAGCUGGUUCCGUUGCAACCGGAACAACUACCACCAGCUCCACCCGAUCCGACUGCUCGAUCACGUCCCAGUGUCUGGCGUACUACAUUCUCAAGCACUAUCUACUGCUGAGUGCCAGCACCUGGUGGUUAAUCUUCGGACUCUGCUGGUACCUGAGCACUGCCAAACAGUGGUCAUGUGAGGCGCUCGAGCGAAAAUCAGGUCUGUUUCAUGUUUUAGCCUGGGUCGUACCGUUUGCAGUUCCAAUCGGUGCGCUACUGCGGGGUCACAUCCAACGCUUUGAGCUAACCGGCUUCUGUACGGCACGUGGGUUCACAGAGUUACCCGUACUACUGUUGCUAUUGCUAGGUGCCGCCCUGGUCAGCUUUGCACUGGCCGCUCUCGCUCGACUACGCCUCUGCUGGAACCAACGUGCACCGCAUCUGGGCCAGGUGUUCGGCCGCGUAUUGAUGUUUGCCGUGUGCUACCUUAUUCCUGCCCUAUCCGCAACGAUCUGCAUGAUGUUGGAACGCGUGGAUCAUGAGCUAGAACCGUGCCCAGCGGGCGAAGCUGGAGAGGGGUGUGUUACACAGCGGCCUCCACACUUUUCCCUGCUGCCAACUGUGUUGCGCUUGGUUCUUACGCUGAUAGGCGGUGGCUUCGUUGGCGUUUGGCUAUGGUCUCGCCAGCCAUCCGAUGCGGACAUUAAUGCAGCGAAAAAAAUUACUCAACCAUCGUACUAUAACACUACCAAUUUGAUGUUACUGAAAGGUGGCUCUAAACCUGGAGGGUCAUUAGAUGAGUGCGGUGCGUUAUCUGGUAACGGUGUCCGGCGUACCGGGGAGGGCCGCCAAGCUCCGGACGAUAGUAGCGUAAUGUUGCGAGAGGCACAGCUUCUCAGCGGCCGCUAUAAAGACAUCAGUGAUCGGCGACAAACCAAUCGAGGCUCGUCCCGAAGCACAACCAGCAGUCCCUAUCGUAGCCGUACAGAUAAAUCAAAGGCAAAAACGUCGCAGAAAGUUUGCUACACCUAUCGAUCUGGAAGCGGUGUUCUGUCCGAGCAUGGUGUCGCUAUGCGGCCACCAAAUGACACGGUGGCAUCAAUCCAAUCGGAGAUGGGACAACGGUCACCUUACGCAGGCAGUUCCGGUGGAAUAGCUUCGAACGGUGGUUACGUCCCAGUACGAGUUCAUCGCAGUCUUCGGGCCGUCCCUAUGUCUAUGAUUACCCGUAUUUAAACCCGGUUGCUAUCAUUCUUUUUUGGUUCACCGAUAGUGCCAAAAGUAGAAUGGUGCACUUUACGAAAAGCUUUAACUAGUUUGUACGAUUCGUUUCUCCGUGUUAUAGUGUAUGUUUUAAAUCUCGAUUUAGAUCUAGUAUUAGGUAUUUCAUUAUUUAUCAUAAUGUUAAACACACGUGAUAACACGCCAGUGAAAUGGUGGGUUUAAAUCUAAUUUGUUCUAAACUAAGUAUGAUUGCCGAACACUUUCCCACAGCCACAGGGUUGAAUAAUACGUUUACAUAAAAAACAACAUAAGGCUAGAUGUAAGCCAUUCAGGACCUAGUUGAAGUAGUCGUGAUUGUCAAUGUGUUGAUGAUGGACAACAAAUAUUGUAAGAUUCUUUUGUAAGAGGCAACCAGUCGAAAGGGACUUGGUGUCAACCGAAACAUGUACAUUGAACAGAAAUGGUAACCCGUAGAGCAUAGUUUUGAAGAAGAUUUAGUUGAUUUUUCAAUACGAUAUCUUAUGUACAAAGUUUUUCACCGGAAAAGUGUGUAUAGCGAAUCUUAGAUUUAGCCAUUGCUGCACCUGUACAUUACAACUCAACUGAAACGUUAAUUAAGGUAGAGAACACUUAGCGUACCAAGCAAAUAAAUAUUAUUGCUGAAAAUCAGUUCAUUUUGAACCAUAGUAUAGUAUUCUCUAUAGAAAAGUUACAUUUUCGGUUGGUGUUCGUACGUGCAAUGCUCAAUGCCAUCAGGUGGGUACCCUUUGGUACGUACGACUAAUCGCAUUCGAUAUAUUCUCAGCAUGAAAGCUUAGUUAGUUACACAAGUAAAUACACACUACAUAACCUUAUUAGUGAGUGAAAGAUUCUAGAGGAAGGGAUAAUUUACGAAAGAUCUCUUAGAAAGAGGACCUUUUAUAUGUCGCGCGAUCUGUUGUAAUGCGUGAGCCGGAAAGCAGAGCAAAAAAUGAAUGUAAUUUAACAUGAAGUCCGAGACUGAAUAAAAUAAUCAUUUGUAAACCUCUUAAUUUAAA